UAGUUCACUAUAUGUCUUGAAAGGUCAUAAGUAUAUUACUUAAGAAGUGGUUUCUAUUAUACAUACAGAAUAUUCUUGUAUUUUCUUUCAAGUUAUUACUAAAACUGUGUAUAACUGUAUUGACGGUAUUGAAAACAAGUUGUUUUAAUUGAAACUAUAAAUUUCCGGCAGUGAAUAUUAAACAACAAAGUUUUUAAAUAUUAACUUAAAAUUUGAUUUUAUAUGUUUUAACAUUAAUUUAAUAAUUUUAAUUUUAUUAUUACAAAAAGUUUUAUUCACAUUACAGCUCACAUUAACGAUUUGAAUUUAAAGUCAAAUAUUUAUUUUUAAAAAUUGCUAAAAAUAAUAAUUGCAAGCAAAAUGAUGACACAAAUAGUUUUAUUGAUGUUAUUGUUGACAACAAUCAUAACAAAUAAAUUGAUUUGUGAGGGAUUAGCCAUUAAACCCAAUUCAGCCGAUUCUUCGCAAAAUCGCAUUCUUUAUCCUAAAUCUGAAAUCAAAGAUACGGUUCGUCAGUCAGAAACCAAACCUUCACUUAGUUUACAACCGCCGAGUAUUUUAUCCGAUUAUUACAAUCAAUUAAUUCAACAAAAAGUGGCUCAAAAUAGGCCACAAUUACCUCUAGUAAAUAAUUGGCCGCAACCAGACUUAAUGCCGCCAUCCAAUAACAAUGACUACGAGGGUUUUAUUGAUGACUAUUAUAGCGACGAUACGGGCACCGGGAUGUUAAACUCAGCACAGAGUGAUACGAUUUAUGGUAGCGAUUCCUAUCAGCCCGAAGGCUGGUUCAAUGGUCCGGCAAUUUAUGACACACCAGAUAUUGGCUUUCAAAAUGACGAGUCAAAUGAUGCACAAAUGAAUGCAUUGAUGAUGGCGUACCUCUUGGACCAGUUCGACAAAAUCAACAAAAUUAAAGAUCAAAACAAUAAAAGAUCAACAAUUAGUGGCAGCGAUAGUAAUAAUAUAGGAGUGGUUACUACAACCACACAACCAUUAACUACCGAAUCUUCAGUCGCCGCUAAAAUCACAACACACGCCAUCCCUAAGAAAUUGACUGCAAAACAGUUUCGUCUUUUUCAAAGAGGACAGAAAGAGUUCCCAUUAUUAAGACCGGCUGCUGAUGAAGACAAGACUGAAUUACAACAAAAUCAAUGGCCAACAGAAUUGGAUGAAACAAAUUUAUCACAGGAGGACUCGUUGUUAAGUUUGAAACAACAAAACGGUAAACUGAGACCAGUUAGAGACGUAUUGACGGCACAGUUGGACAGUCUUAAAAAGGAAGGACCUAAAAUUCAUUAAAAUGAGUGAUACCCCGACAUAAAAACACCUAUAAUCUCCAUCUAAUCAUAAAACCAUCUCAUUUCCCAAUAAUGUUUAAACCAAUUUAUUAAACUUCUGGACACAAAACAACAACAUUCCUAAGCGAUACUACUUUACAAAAGUAUUCAAAACAAUUGUAAGAAAUCAAUCAAUUAAUUCACAAUCAGUAAAUGUUUGUAUUAUAUAUAUUUAAUAUAUUGUAUAAUGUA